CAUCAAAAAGGAAAUCAUCUGUCUUUACAUUACUCCAAAUAAAUCCGCCAAAUCAUUCGUCGUCUUCAAUAUUUCAGAGAGAAUCUAUCCGUUUUCGUGGUUUUCUGCUUCAAUGGCGACUCGUAUUGCUGAUCUAAUUGGCCCAGUUCACCCAGCUCAGCAAUUCGAUCUCCACCCACUUAUCCGCUACUGUUCCGUUUCCAUUCCCGGUUUCCCAACCGAUCCCCCCCACUUCACCGUUCAUCAGUUUGGAUUUGGGCAAUCAAACCCAACUUUCUUACUGGAGGUUAGUAGUUCCGGCGCCUCCGUGAACCGUUAUGUUAUUAGAAAGAAACCUCCAGGGAAAUUGCUGGAAUCUGCUCAUGCAGUUGAGAGAGAAUUUCAGGUCCUGCAAGCUUUGAGUGUUCAUACUCAGGUUCCAGUCCCAAAGGUGUUCUGUUUGUGCACUGAUUCUAGUGUUAUUGGAACUCCAUUUUACAUUAUGGAAUACUUAGAAGGAAGAAUAUUUGUAGAUCCCAAACUCCCUGGUUUAUCACCUGAUGGACGAGCAAUAGUUUACAAAUCAAUUGCCAAAGCCUUAGCUUCUCUACAUUCGGUCAAAGUGGAUUCAAUCGGUCUAGGGAAUUAUGGGCGUCCAAGUAACUACUGUAAACGACAGGUGGAGAGGUGGGGGAGGCAAUAUAUUGAUUCGACGGGUGAGGGAAAGUCUGGUAGAAACGAGAAGAUGUUAGAGCUUGCUGAUUGGCUAAGACGACAUAUUCCUGUUGAAGAUAAUUCUCAAGCUGCUGCUGGACUUGUCCAUGGUGACUUUCGGAUUGACAACCUUAUUUUUCAUCCUGUUGAGGAUAAGGUGAUUGGAAUUAUUGAUUGGGAAUUAUCAACUCUUGGGAAUCAAAUGUGUGAUGUUGCUUAUAGUUGCUUGGCUUACCUUGUGGAUGUUUCCCUUGAAAAGAUAGGACAAGAUAAAGGUCUUGAAGUUUGUGGCUUACCACAAGGAAUCCCUCCUCUCGAAGAAUACCUUGCUGAAUAUUGUCGUGCUGCUGGUAAGCCUUGGCCAGUGGGUGAGUGGAAGUUUUAUGUUGCCUUUUCUCUUUUCCGUGGAGCAUCAAUCUAUGCCGGUGUACACAGCAGAUGGAUUAUGGGUAAUGCUUCGGGUGGCAAGCGUGCUCAAAAUGCUGGAGCAAAAGCCAAUGUUCUUAUAGACAUUGCAUGGUCCUUUAUUAAUAAAAAAACUGUGCUUCCUGAACAGUCUCCAUUUGAAAUAGAGAAAGAUGUCGGGUUGACUAUUGGUGGAAGGUUUGUUCCCAAUAAAAGAGUUGCUGAAUUGAGAGAAAAAGUGCUUAGAUUCAUGGAAAAUCAUAUAUAUCCCUUGGAAAAAGAAUUCACCGCAUUGGCUCAAUCCGACAAACGAUGGACAGUCCACCCGGAGGAGGAGAGACUGAAGGAGCUGGCCAGAAAAGAAGGGAUUUGGAACUUAUUUAUUCCGGUUGACAGUGCUCGGAGGGCGAAAGAAUUGCUUUUUCCAGGAAGAAAUGUUGAUAACUUAUUGGGUCCUGGUUUGACAAACCUGGAAUAUGGUUAUCUUUGUGAAAUAAUGGGUAGAUCCAUUAUUGCUCCACAAGUAUUUAACUGUGGAGCUCCUGAUACUGGAAAUAUGGAGGUGUUACUGCGUUAUGGAAACAAGGAGCAGAUGGAGAAGUGGCUUGUCCCCUUGCUCGAGGGAAAUAUUCGAUCCGGUUUUGCGAUGACUGAACCUCAAGUCGCAUCUUCUGAUGCAACCAAUAUAGAAUGUUCCAUCAAACGAGAAGGGGAGUUUUAUAUAAUCAAUGGUAGAAAGUGGUGGACUAGUGGAGCUAUGGAUCCUCGAUGCAAGAUUCUUAUAUUGAUGGGUAAAACGGACUUUACAGCCCCAAAACACAAACAACAGUCCAUGAUCUUAGUAGACAUUCAAACACCCGGAGUAAUCAUCAAGAGACCUCUGACUGUUUUCGGCUACGACGAUGCUCCUCAUGGACACGCUGAGAUUGCUUUCGAUAACGUUCGUGUGCCUGCCGAAAAUAUCCUAUUGGGUGAAGGAAGGGGUUUUGAAAUCGCGCAGGGCAGGUUGGGGCCGGGGAGGUUGCACCAUUGCAUGAGACUGAUUGGUGCGGCUGAGCGUGGAAUGCAGUUGAUGUCUGAACGGGCUCUCAGUAGAACGACAUUCGGGAAGUUGAUUGCUCAGCAAGGUUCAUUCCUUUCCAACAUGGCCAAAUGUCGCAUAGAGUUGGAACAAACGAGAUUGUUGGUCUUUGAAGCAGCCGACCAGCUUGACCGGUUAGGCAACAAGGAUGCCCGUGGGACUAUUGCAAUGGCCAAGGUGUCAGCUCCUAAUAUGGCACUAAAGGUGCUUGAUAUGGCAAUGCAAGUUCAUGGGGCUGCAGGUUUAUCACAGGAUACAGUUUUGGCCCAUCAGUGGGCUACAGCGAGAACGUUAAGGAUUGCCGAUGGACCAGAUGAGGUUCAUCUUGGAACCAUUGCCAAACUCGAGCUGAGAAGGGCUAGGCUUUAAAGAUCUUGAAGAGGGUCUUUUUGUGUCUUAAAAAAAGGUAUAAAAAAUAAUAAAAAGAUGAAUGUGUUCUCAUGGUCAAUAAUUUGUCUUGUUAUCACUACCAAGGAAUAUGAAAUGAACACUUUGGUCAUUAAAAUAAAAUGAAACAUACAUUAUUGAGUUUUUCGAUGAAUAAUGUUAAUGUUUUCUAUUCAAUAUAUGAAAUGUAUUACUACAAAAUUAUAAUAAGGCCAAAUAUCUAAGUAUAGACAUGAUCAAAUCCGGAAAAUGAGUGUAUGCCUCUAUCUGCUAACUAAUUUAACGGUCAUUUUCCUAGUUA